AUGCUGAAUACAUCUUAAACCAAAAGCACUACUGAGACAACCAAUUCCAUAAUUAUUGACUAGAAAUACAGCAUAAUCAAAAAUAUUUACAGAGGGAAAUAAUACAACAUGUAUUUAGCCAUCAACCAGAAAGAGUCUGAUGAUAUCAACUAAACAGAUAACAAAGAUAAGUUUUACUUAAUUAAGAUGAAAAGGUACUUAUCCCCUAACUAUUCAAGAUAAACCCAACAAAAUGAGAUAAUCCCAGAACUGUAAUUUUUAUUAAGAUUGAAGGAUGCCAACUGUGUCCCAAUCUUAGUCAAUUGCGGAGAAUAGAUCAUCAGUGGUCAAAUGUAUCACUAUCAAAUCCUGUAAAGACAUGGACCCUCCAUUAAGCUCAUAUACAAUUAUCUGUCCAAAUCCAUACCUCUGCCUAUAUUGUGUCUCAUAGCAAUAUAAACUUUAACUUGUUUGGAAACCAUCCAUAAACACCAAAUUGUCCACAGGAACAUCAGACCUAAAAAACUAUUACUUACAACUAAUGGUAAUGAAAUCUUACUUAGUGACUUCAAAUUUGCUACCAAAUUCAAGUUGCAACAUGGGUCAAUCUACUGUUUGGAAAACUAUAAAUCCACUUCAAACAAGCAUUUUCUCAAUAAAUACUCGAGUAUUAAUCAACAUUUGAAUCAAUUUCCCACACCGAAGGACGACUUAGAAUCACUUGCCUACAUCUUGUUAGUUUAUGCAACGAACUCUACCGUCUUCAAGGUUAAAGCUGACAACAAAGCGUUGAAACUCAAAAAACUGGAGAAUAUUAAAUUAUCCAUCAUUCCAGAAAUCACCUUUAAAUCAGCUCCCAUUGAGUUUAUUCACUUCCUAAACUUAGUCAAAACCAGCAAUGCCUCCGAUUUCCCCCAAGAAUAUGAGAAGUUUAAAUAAUUAUUUCGCAGAGUUAUUCAAGCAAGUGGAUACGUUGAAAAAGAUUUAUCAUAUCCUUUAUUUCAUAUUUCAUUCCAAGAAUGCCAUCCUUAAUAGUCACAACGACACAACACCUAGCCUACCAGAUUCAAGAACUCCUACCAUUCCAAUUAGAAUAGGGAAUCAAUCUAAGAAUCAGCACCAGAAGAUGAAAUUUCUAUUUACUAAUCUGAUAUUGUUGGGGAAGAUCGUACUAUAGAACCUGCCAUUAAGUCUAUAAGACCUUAAUCAUACAAAAACUUGUCUACUCUUAAUUAGCCUAAGUUGGGAUCAUAAAUUGUGAAACUCAAAUAUACUAAAAAAUGA